UUUUUGUAUUGAAGCAAGUUUAUAUAGGAAAAAUAAAAUCUUAAUUUUGAUUCCAUGAUGUAUUUUUUAAUAUGGAAGUCUAGAUUGUAUAUAUAAUAAGUUGAUUUUAACAGUGACAUGGGAAGUGGAUCAACGACCAAUUCAUCAAGAUCAAAAACAAGCAAAUCAGAUGAUGAGAUUGGAUGGAAAUAUAAUAAGUUGCAAGAUCCUAAUAACUCAAGUCAGGUGGUCUGCAACUUUUGUAAUAAAGUUACCACUGGUGGUGUCACCAGAGCUAAAAGGCAUCAAAUAAGGAUCAAAGGGGAUGUGGCUCCAUGUCCUAAAUGCCCACCACCAGUUAGGGAAGAGUUGUGGGCCAAUUUACAACAGAAAACCACUACUAAAAAAUUAGAACAUGAGAUGUUUAUGUCUAGUUGUGGUACUGUUGAUCUUGAAGAGGAAGAUGAAGAGGAAGAACUUAUGCCAAGAGAAUCAACUUUAUUUAUUGGUGGUAAAUUAUUGGAAGAGAAUAGAAAGCACAUAUUUUGGACUCCAUGUGCAGCACAUUGUAUUGAUCUUAUACUAGAGAACAUUGGAAAGAUUUCAAAGGUUAAGAAGACAAUACAAAGAGCAAUGAGUUUUAUUGGGUUCAUCUACAACCAUUCAAGCACCUUAAACUUAAUGAGGCGAUUCACUAACAAGACAGAGUUGGUUCGAUAUGGAGUGACAAGGUUUGCUAUGAAUUUUCUUUUAUUGCAAAGUGUGUACAAGCAAAAGGCCAACCUUCAAAAGAUGUUUACCUCUAAUGAAUGGACAAGUAGUAAGUUGGCUAGAGAUGCCAAAGGAGUAAAGGUAGUAAGUACAGUAAUGGCUGCUUCAUAUUGGAAUAAUGUGCUAUAUACUCUAAGGGUUAUAGGUCUUCUUGUGACUGUUUUGUGGCUUGUUGAUAGUGAAAGUAAGCCGGCAAUGCCUUAUAUUUACGAGGCAAUGACCAAAGCUAAGGAUGCCAUUAAGAGAUUGCAACAUGAUGAUGAAAGCAAGUACAAGGAAAUCUUUGAAAUUAUUGACAAUAGAUGGGAAUGCCAACUUUAUCAACCCUUGCAUGCAGUAGCUCAUUACUUAAAUCUUGCAAUUUUUUAUAGCACUCCAAAUAUGGAUUUGGAUUUGAAACUAACUGGUGGAUUGAUGGAUUGCAUUAAGAAGAUGGAGCCUGAUAUUCAUUCUAAGAAGAGAAACCAACCUGACCACCAAAAAAUGCAUGAUUUGGUUUUUGUAAAGUACAACCAAGCUCUUAAAGCUCGUUAUGAUACGCGAGACGAGAUUGAUCCUAUUGUUCUAAAUGAGAUCGAUUUCGAUAAUGAGUGGUUGGUUGGAGAAAGUGGUGAAGUUGAAGAUGCUCAUAAUGAUUUGGUUUUUGAAAAUGAUAAUUUGACUUGGGGAGAUGUGGAGAGAGCAUUAGGGGCAAGAGAAAUUAGAACUUAUACUAAGGGACAAGCAAAAAGAAAUACCGCUACAGCCUUCACCUCUCAAAUUCCAACACUAACUUUUAAAACUCCAGCCACAAGCUCUAGUGUUGAUGCAAUUUAUGCUACUAGAAUUAGUGAAGAAGCUUAUACUUUAUUAAAUCUUGAAAAGUCAGAGGAGGAAGAAGAUGAGUUUGAGCCUGAUGGAACAAGUUAGAAAAACAAGGAUGAUGAUGAUUUGGUGGCUUAGCAAGAAGAAUUAGAAGUUGAAGAGAGUGAUAAAGAUUAUUAGACUCUUGAAUGAUUUUUUGUUUUAAAGUUUUAUUAUUUGACUUUUUUCUGAAUUGAUCUUGUUUGAUUUUUGUACUCUUUAAGUAUUUUAUUGGCUUGUUUGAUUAAUAUAAUCUAUGAUUUUUA